UAGGCAUAACAUGAAAGAAAUAGAGGAUGGAUUUGAUCUGUUGUUGCUACACGUGGAAGUGAAAUGACUCCAGCAGAACCCUGGUUGCAACGGAUUCCACCUAUUGUGAGAGCGUGACAACUGCCUUGAAAAAGAACUAUAUAUUUCUACCUACCUCAGAUGGGACAUCACCUCUUGCUGUGUGCACUGGAAUAAAAGACAAAGGAAACAGUUUUUUCAUCAUGGAUUGUCAAGAGAAUGAGUACCGGGACCAAUGGGGGCGCUGUGUCACCUGCCAACAAUGUGGCCCUGGACAGGAGCUCUCUAAGGAUUGUGGUUAUGGAGAAGGUGGAGAUGCGCACUGUAUAGCCUGCCCUCCCCGAAAGUAUAAAAGCACUUGGGGACAUCACAGAUGUCAGACAUGCAUCACUUGUGCUGUCAUCAAUCGGGUCCAGAAGGCCAACUGCACAAAUACCUCUAAUGCUAUCUGUGGAGACUGUCUGCCCAGGUUCUACCGAAAGACACGCAUUGGGGGCCUGCAGGACCAAGAAUGCAUCCCAUGUACAAAGCAGACUCCUUCUUCUGAGGUUCAGUGUACCUUCCAGUUGAGCUUAGUGAAGGUAGAUGCACACACUGUUCCCCCUAAGGAAGCCACACUUGUUGCACUGGUGGGAAGUCUGCUAGUGGUAUUUGCCCUGGCCUUCCUUGGACUCUUCUUCCUUUAUUGCAAGCAGAUCUUCAACAGACAUUGUCAAUGCGGAGGUUCAUUGCAAUAUGAGGCUGAAAAGACAGUGGAGGAGGAUUCUCUUUUCCCUGUACCACCUGGCCAGGAGACCAGUCCUGAAUUUCCAGCGAAUGAGGGCAUCUUUGAGAUCAAACCACUUAACUCCAUCCUGGAUGAUGACUGCAGCUCCACUCGCGGCUUCCCCACCCAGGAGUCCUUCACCAUGGCCUCCUGUGCCUCAGAGAGCCAUUCUCAAUGGGUCCAUACCCCAAUUGAAUGUACAGAGCUGGACCUGCAAAAGUUUUCCAGCUCUAUCCCAUCUCCUGGACCUGAAACCUUGAGAGAGAACACAGCUGAACACUCAGGAGACAGGCUGGAGCUCUAUGUACCUUUUGAAGUUCCCAGCCUUUAACUCUACCAAGGUAAACUAGAAAGGUAGGACUAAAGGACUGGAAGGUGUGGACUACCCUCACAAAAUGUCCAACCUGGGUUCUGUUGUUCCAUAGGGUUUGGACUGAAGAAUAGCAGGAAACUAGGACCAAUAGAGGUUGAAGAAGCACUAAACUUUUGAGCUAAGUUUACAUUGAACUUCUAGGACAAGAAUUGUCUGGAGAUCAGGCAGGUUAACAUGAGGCCAAUAUCUUUAUCCUGACUCUACUAGCAACUAGUCAUAUUCUAUUUUCUCCUUUCAAGUGUAUAAGCAUCACAACACUGUAGAGAUAUGUGGCUCCAUAUUCAGAGAAAUACCAGUUCAUGAUUAGCUUUAUACACUUGUGCAAAUCAUUUUACUUCUUUCAGAGACAUAGCCUUCAGCUGGUAAGUUUUCUUGAGGAAUGAAUGAAAGCAUAUACACAUGUCCUUUAUAGUGCCUACAUGGUAGGUUUUUUUUUUUUCCUUUCCCUGUGCUUACUCAGUCACAAAUUAGAAAUUCCUCUUAUAUCAUCUACAUAUCAUUCUGAACUUUGUAACUUCACCCUUUUGUGGUAGGCAAAUAAGAAAUAUAUUUUUAAACAAGCAGCAAUUGAGCAACCGAGAUCAAAAGUGAUUUGCUUAAAAUCACAGAACAACCCAAUCUCAGAAAUAGACUAGAACCCAGGAUUAGUAGUCCCAUUAUAGAACUCAUUCAACUCCAUCACUGAAUUUGAAAUAUAUAUGUAUGUAUCUCAAUAUAUGUGUCAUACACAUAUGUGUGUGUAUGUAUGUGUGUAUAUAUACAUACAUAUAUAUGAUGGAAUAGUUUUGAGGAAAAAAAGAACACACAUAAAACCUGAAAGUUUUUCAUGUUGUAUUCUUAAUAUAAACUGUCAUGUGUGAUCAAGUGUAAAAAAUUUUCACUUAUGGUUUUAUGCCAAAUAGUUAAAAUAUUUUUUAGCAUUUUUGGAUUUUGAAACUUUUAAUUUUGGAUAAAGGAUGCCCAAUCUAUUUUUUCAUUAAAAAUUAUGUAGUUCUUGAGUUCACAAGUGUAAAAAGCAUAAUUGUAUCUCAUUCUUACUUAUGGGUUCUGGUUCUGUUCUGACUCUUCUGCCUUGUGAGAGAACUGAAGAUAACAUUUGUCUGUAAAACACUACCUUUGGUUUUUUUGUUUUUUUUUUUUUUGGUACAUGGUGCUUAUAUCAACUCAAUAUUUAAAAAACAGUAUCUUACUAGUUUGAAAUAGGAUAGAUUUGUCAUUUCUAUUGCCAGGUGAUAUAUUUCUGCUAUUGUGUCCUAAAUCUUUGCUGGUCUAACCAUUAACCUUUAGAGAAAAGGCAAAGGAGGGUGGUAAUGAGCUUGCAUUCCCAGAUUCUAAUUGCUCUGCUCUUUUUCUAGGUCUCUUUCACUCUUGGCAACCUUGCCAUUGCUUGUUGCUGGACUUUCCUGCUCUUCUUUUACUCAACAAAAGUAGCAAGAGCCUGGGAUGUGGGUCCCACAAUAACCAGCGUUCAAAAAUGGGGUCUUCAGAGCCCCAUUCUAAGAGAGAACUAAGUCUCCAGUGACUGACCUUGAACAGUUUUUGUUUUCUUAUUCUAGUCUGGGGAUCCAGAUUCCAUAGCCAUGGGACUGCUGGGGCCUGUUCUUUCUCUUUAAUUAAUUAUAGAAGUGGGGGGAAUAACAAUGAAUGAGGUGGAGUUUGCCUGCCUGUAUAUGUUUCAUACCUAUAUUUUUGACAAGUAGGCCUAAAAAUGGAGUAUACAGUAUAAAUGUUGGCAUCUGCCUACCAUAUUGAAGAGAAUGAAAUACUUUCUCUUUUAGCUAUUUUCUUUGACUCCUCCUAUGUCUACACACACACAUAAACAUGUACAUGUAAGUGAAGGGAUAUUGAGGAAGGUACCAUGGGGAGGCCUGAAGCCUGGAUUUUAUAACUCAUAUCCUAGACUUCUGUAACAAUGAUAGCUGUCAAGCCAGUAUAUUUCUUAGACUCUUCAUUCUUAGAGACAGGCUAUCAGUGCUCUCUGGUGGGGAUUCAAAUUAGUGUCUUCUAGAUUUUUUUAAAUUGUUGUUUCCUGAACUUCUUUGCAUUUUUCUUACUCCAAUAUUCUUACCUUUUCCCCCUCCCAGUCAAGUCCUGACUGUGAUGUUUCUGAGGUGCAGAAGUAGUACCCUGUGGUGCUAUGGGGACCAUUUGGUGCUUUCUUGGCUUAGAGAAUAGUCAGUAUAUUUCUCUUAAGCCUGAAUCUUUAGUUUUACAUGCUUCUAAGCAUGAAUUGAAACAUUUUUCUUCUUUUUUUUUUCUAGAAUAUGUCAGACAUGACCCUCAGGACUUAGAUGUGGCUAUCAUGUGUUGGCUUUAAGUAUCCUGGUAUGUUCAAAAUGAGCCACUAGGAUUUAUGCUCAUUUCGUUAUAGUGGUUCAAGUUUCAAUAGGGCAAAGUGGUCAACUGAGUAAAGCAACCGAACCUAUUUUGCUUAGAUGUAAUAUAUAAUAUCCUGGAGGCUAGUGUCCUGGAGGCUAGUGUGACUUAGGUUAUUAAAAACAAAUUCAAGAUGCACACAAUUAUUCUGGGUCAAAGAGGUAAAGAUGCACUAAACCUGUGGGUGCUGCACUUUAUGUUAUUCACAUUACAGUUGUUGUCUCUGUGACUCACUAUAUAAACUUUAAUAUAGGCAGUGCAGGGGUUGCUCAGUGAAAUACGGGGGUGGGGCAUACAAAAGCUAGAAUGCUUUCAGUCAUUUGCCUUCAUUUGACACUUAACUAAGGACAUGGCUGCAUACAAGUAUUCCUCCAAUAUCAAGGUGGCAGAAGCAGGAGUAAUGAAAUUUGGAAGCAAGCUUACCUUACAUUGUAAGACUCUCAAAAACACAAGGUACAGGAAUUUAGAUAGUGUUGGAAUACUUGCAUUUGGCAUGAACAAGGUCUUAUUUUCGAUCCUAGCAAAAGGAAGAAAGGUGGAGAAAGGGGGAAAGGAGGGAAGUAAAGAAGGAAAUAAAACAUUUCCAACACCAAGAAAUACACCAGACCCCAUAAUAGGCUAAGUGCUGCUGAGGCUGUAGUGGAGUUUUCCAUUGGAAAAUAUCACAUGUGUUCAUCUUAUAUUAGGUUUUCUUGCCUUUAGCUCUUAAACACUGUUUACAAUAUUUUUCUUCUUGUUUCUUGGUUCCCUAGACUCAUAGCACUCUGUGAGUCUGCUGGAAGGUUUGAUGGAUGUUCAAAGAGCCGUGGUUCUGAGUUUUAGCAUAACACAUAAAGGAAUUUUGAUAUGGGUCUCCUGGGCCUUAUCUAAUCUUUGAGGUUCUAUAUUCCUCUAACCCCAGCAGAAAGCCAGGCUACAGUUUGAUCUUUCAGGACCCUACAGUUCUGAGCCAAUUUUCCCUUUCCUAUGUCUGGGCUCCCCAAACAAUCACCCACCAGACCCCCAAAGAUACCCACAGCAUUUUUCAAGUUAGCUAAGUGAGGCUGUGAAGGGUCCCCCAAGGUAUGCGUAUUUCUUUUGACAUGUCAGUUCGAUGCCUACUUUACUGUCCAUUUGGUUCUUUUUGAAAAUUCAUUUUGCCUUUAGCUUUUACCUGUACAUCUCAAGAGCAGAGAGAAACAAGAAUCUCCUUGGAGAUUCUAUUAUGCCUUUUUAUCUCUGAAUCUUUAUGAAGCUUAUGCAGCUAGUUUCUAUCCUACUAGCCAUUGGUUGGUUAGGUAAAAUGUGGACUUCAUCACCAGGACUUAUCCUGAAGAGAGAGUGUUCUCUACAAGAUUCUGUUAAAUGUGUCUUUAAUUACAGCUCAUCCACAAACACUGAUUAAGGGUCUUAAGGUCAAACUGCUGAUAAGAGUGUUAAAACAACAAGAGAAAAAAUGCUAAAAGUCCCAUUGUACUUGGCAGGGGAUUUGAAGCAAUUGAAUCACAACGCUGUACCAGACAACCUGAUCUCAUGUAAGCAUUAUCAAAUGUGUAUGAGCCAAGGUUUAGACCUUGGUCUUUGGUACUUUUUUCUGGGACAGCUUAUGCUUAUCUCACCAACUUUAGUUAGCCAUAUCUAUACUUCUGGUGAAGAAGAACUAGCACUAAAUCUGAGGUGGAUUCAGCUUGAGUAGGUUCCAGCUGUAGAAAGGUCACUAUGUGCUUGGCACUGCUUCAAUCUCAAGUACAUUACUGUUUCUUAGUGAAAAGGACUAUGAUGAUAAAACAGCAAAAACAAUGUGAUUAAAUGACCCAGGCACCCUGCUUCACUGUGCCUAUACAUAACAAGGUCGUUAUACAUCCAUGCCAAGAAUCGCCUUGGUUCCAGUUUUCUUGAACAGUUAGUAACUGAAAUAAGGUGAAGUUUUAUUUUGCUUUGCUUUCUUUGGUUUCUUGGGUAGAAGCAAAGAGAAGGAUGGCUUUUUUUUUCUUUAUAAUUGAUAUUUGGCCUUGUCUUACUUCAUAUUUGCAUAUUUGCUCAAGUAGUGUCCUUAUAAAGUGGGACCACUUUGAGCACUAUGCUUUUAUGUGUCUUCUCUUUGAAGAAUUCAUGAGACGUGUAUAUAACAUAACUCUGGGCCUGGACAACAGUUGUGUUUUACAUAUUUGAGCGUGUACAGGGGAUAGAGGUAGGUGUUCAUUGGAGGUGAGUCGGGCUUCAGGAUUCACUUUAUUUCCCCCACUUAUAUCACUGGAAUUUUGAAAGGUGGUAUGUAGUACGGGAGAUCAACUUUCUUCCCUAAGGUCGUUGAUAUUAGAGUAAGUAAAAAUGUCAACACUACACCUCUCUUCCCAACAAAUAGACAUGGCACAGCCUCAUACCCCUCAUUCAAUUUAUUACCAAGGUCUUUGAUGUUUUGUAUUUAAUGUAGGUAGGUUUUAAUUAUUGUUUUCCUUUAAAUGAUCUAUUUAUAGAGAUUUUGUUAAAGUUUGAGCCAUAUGCAUGAGUGGAUACUGACAAGUUGUGUCUGAUUUAUGAUAAUCUGUAAACAAUUCAUAUUAAUCAAUAAACAGAAGUACAUACAAA